AUGUUCGUGCGCGAGCAAGUAAAACUAUGGCAACGUAUUAAGGGCACCAAGGACGAUGAGGAGGCGACCGAAUGCGCCGUGUGUGAGCGCAUUGUCUAUCCGGUGGACAAGGUGAAGAUGGAUAAGAAAGUCUUCCACCGACAAUGCUUCAAAUGUUCCAAAUGUCUGAAGGGACUCAGCGUUCAGAAUUAUUAUACCCACGAAGGCCUCCUCUACUGCAAGACCCACAUGCAGCAGAUCUUCCAUCCUGAAUUGGGGAUCACCGACGCGGCUGCUGCCCCACCACUCAUCACUACCGGAGGUACUAACACAGAAAAAACACUGCAUAAAUCAGCAGAUCAGUUUCAACGAGAAUUCGCGUUUACAAACUUCAAGUCUAAUAAAAUGUUUAUUUUAGCUGUAAGGAAGACCAGAGAACAAUUCCAAAAGGGCAUUCCCUUUCAAGAAUUAACAUCAUCUGAUAAUGUGGACAAGGAAGAUAUAAAAUUUGCAGGUAAGUUCAAAACCUUAACUUAUAGUUUUCGCUGUUCAGAACUGAGUAACGUGAAAGACAAGUUCGAGAAGGGAGAACUGUUGGACAAGAAUGUGAAGAAAACGGAAGUAGAGGCGCGUUGUGCUGAACUGGGCAAUAUCAAAGCAGCGUUUGAGCAGCCGACCAGUGAUGAAAGCGAGAAACAGAAAGAAGCGAAGAAGCUAGAAAUUUCAGAGGAGUUCCAGAAGAUAAAGAAGGAGAAACGCCGUCUGCAAGAAAAGGAACGAAGGGAAACUGAAGAAGAACUGCGAAACCAGCCUGAGGUGAAACAAAAAAGCCGAACGGCAUUGACAGAGGAACUCCAGGAAGAAGAAAAGCCCCCAGAAGAUUCAAAGAUUGAAGAUUUAGCGAUAACCGCUGAACAUGCUCAAAAGAUGCGUGCCAAAUGGGAAAAGAUUCAGAGGAAAGAGGCGAAGAAAGCAAUGAAUACAAAAUUCAGAAGGCUAAACAGAAAAACCGGUCGCUACUGUGAAAUGUUCUAA